UAAAUUAAUCGCUCGAUGGGGCGCAGUCUCUGUUAACGGUAUAAGGUACACGGUUGAAAAUUAAACGUAAAGAAAAAUGGGAGCAUCGUUGUUGCCAAUGUUAUUUUUCACAGUACUUUGGGGAAUAGUAGGGAUCGUUUUACCUAUUUUUGUUCCGAAGGGUCCUAAUCGAGGAAUUCUUCAGGUUAUGCUCAUAUUGACAGGUUUUACAUGUUGGUUGUUCUGGCUGUGUUGCUACAUGGCACAAAUGAAUCCUCUAAUUGGACCAAAACUAUCCAAAAACACAAUUCUUAUGAUGGCACGUGAAUGGAGCAAUCUCCAAUUUGAGUCUUCAUCGGAGUAAUAUGUUAAAGAAAAUAAAUAUCAUUAGAAAUAUACCGCAUUGUCUUUAAAAUAUUCUACAUCCAGUAAGAUUGGUAUUAUUUUAACGAAAAUGAAGUCUGUACACUAGAAAUUGUACGGGAAGAUAGGUGUACAGGCCAACAUUAUUCAAGUAUUAGAAUUCUAAUAAAGUAAAAUUUAAUUUCACGCCAUAUGUACAUUUGAACUUAGCAUAAAACAUUUCUUUAAUAUAAUGUCAUUGUACAAAAGGGGUAUGUAUAUUGUGUAAUAGUGCUUGCAACAACAAAC